UUAUAUUCCUUUCCGCCCCAACCCUGAGACUGUGAAUACAUUCAAUGAAUGGUGGUCGGUUGUAUGGGCCCUGAUUUCCCCUGAUAAGGAUCGGUUGCUGAACGUACUCCUUCCCCCCCAAGGAUUGGUUCUAGGGGCAGCUAGACAUACCAGCACUCAGCAACAAACAGCCGCCCCGGGAGUCGGAUCUAGCGUCCCAAUGCGGAAAAGGAAAACUUCCCAGCUUCAAACACCUCCGACCUCUGGGGCCGACCAGCAAGCUCCGACGGCCCCUGGAACUACUAGGACGUCAACAAGGACCCGACCCCGAAUAGAACCGACCUUGGUAGCACCGACCACACAAACGACGCCAGCCCUAGCCGACCAAUCAAUUGUCCCUUUGGUCCAGUCUCAGGCACUUCCUCUCCAAACCCAUACUCCACCUCUCGCUUUGCCAAUGAGCAGUCGGGCGGAGGACCUGACAAGGAGGCAAACUCUUCCUCCUGUGCCGAGGAGCGGUCGGACCAGGCACCCGACCAGGAGGCAAUCUUUACCAGCACUGCCUAUAGAACCAACACCUUCGCCAAUCGCAUCAGCAGCAGGGGUCUCUUCAAACAGCGAGGGGACUACCUCUCAGAUGGGUCGACCGCCAUACAUGGCAUCAGACUCACCCAUUUCGAAUGAAGAACCGGCUGCCCUUGCCGAAGCUGACCCUCAAGACAACAUCCCUGCUGCUGCUGAUCCCGAAAUAGUCCAAUCGGAUGCGGCCGCGCUGGAAGCCGAAGGUACCUCAACUGCGGCUAUCCCAGUUGCUCCUGAGAUACCGGCUGCAGUGGCUCUAGAUGCAGCCGCCCAACCAGCAGCCGCCCAGCCAGCAGCUGCCCUACCUCCAGCAAUCGAGUGGCAGGCAGAAGAACCACCUGUGGCAGCCCAACCUCCAGAAAUAGAAGAAAUUUCUUCGUCCGAUUCGGAGACUUCUGUGAAUUUGGGACCCAGGUCGGCACCUCAGCGACCAUUCGCAACAGCCGACGAAUCGGCUGCUGUUAUACCAGCUGUCUCCCCUACUCGACCGACCUCAUUGUUGCCCCCUUCAAUUACAGCAGUUCGCCCAGAGGGGCCUUCUGACUUAGCUAUCCUAUCGACUGUUCCGGUUCCAGCGGAGGCCCAAACUAUAUUCACCGAGGCCAUUAACCGUCCCCUUCCAGAAUUAAGAUCCGACUUCUUGGACAAACUCAUUCAGACGGUUGGUGGCCUUCUUUUUUACACUCCGACGGAAUCGCCAGCCGUCCCCAUUCUGCAUCGGCUGAUGGAGAGACUUACUGAGCUCAAGACUGAAGUGUUAGUUAUCGGACUCCUGUCAGCCGAAACGCCCCAGCCUGUCUUCGAUCAAACAACACUGGAGAAUUCUUUGGCUAAGACCCGAGAAUCUCUUCAGCAAACUACUGGAAGGUUGGGCGGUCUCCUUAGCACGAAGGCUCUAGUUGAUGAAUCCAUUCAGAAAAAGGAGACAGAAUUGCAGGAGCUAAGGAAAGAACAGUCCAUCCUGGAUAGUCAAAUUGCCAAUGAGCAGCGUCUGCUUGAGAGGUAUACAAAGAACGAGGCCGAAUUGGAUCAAGAGCUGAAAACCCAAGCUCGAUCUCAAUUUAUCAGAAGAUAUCAGACGGCUGCUACUAUCAGAAGGCUAUCCAGGGAUGAGGUCAAAUGGACAAAUAUAAAAACUGCCCUAGGGGCACUUUUGUAAUA